UUACAACAGGCUCACGACUCGCUUGGGCAUAAAGGGAAGUUUGCGACACGGCGACAGCUUCUUCUCUGCUUCUGGUGGCCCCACCUCGACGCCGACGUCUCCUGGUUCGAUGACACUUGUCUAGAAUGUCAACGCCGCCGCACCCACCAUGUCACGAUCCCGCCAACUGUCGCCUACCCCGCUCCGCUCUUCCACAAAGUCUACUGCAACACGAUGCACAUGCCGCCUGCCAACAAAUUCAGAUACAUUGAGGUUGUCACCGACAAUGGUCCACAAUUCAUCGCGGCUGUCACCUGGCUUGCGAACAAGUACGGCAUACAUCACAUUCGGAUCUCCCCCUAUAACUCCCGCGCUAACCUCGUCGAGCGUCGUCACUUCGACGUUCGCGAGGCCAUCGUCAAAACCGCCGGGGACGAUACCGCUCACUGGUACAAAUAUGCCCACCACAUCUUUUGGGCCGAACACAUCACCGUCCAGCGCGCCACCGGGCACUCGCCAUUCUAUAUGGCCCAUGGCGUUGAGCCAGUGCUGCCCUUCGACCUUGAAGAAGCGACUUGGCUCGUGAACUACCCGACAGGCGCACUUCCGACUGCUACCACCGAUCUCCUCGCAAUACGCGCUCGUGCUCUACAGAAACGCGAAGUCGAUCUCGAACGCCUCCGCGAUCAGGUUUUUGCCGCCCGCAUAGCCUCUACCUCUCGAUCGGUCAUCCAAAACGCGACCAAAAUCAUCGAUUAUGACUUCCAGCCCGGCGCCCUGGUUCUAGUACGAAACUCCGAGAACGAAAAGAACUUAUCCGGCAAGACCAACCCAAGAUACCUCGGCCCGAUGGUAGUCAUCCGACGCAACACCGGCGGCGCUUACAUCCUCGCUGAACUCGAUGGUUCCCUCUCUCGUCUUCGUUACACCGCUGCUCGCCUCGUUCCUUAUUGCGCCCGCGCUACAAUUAACGUCGACGUCACU